CAAAUAUUAAAGGCCACCUGUCCUUCUCCUCUCUAUCUCUCUCUAGUAGAAUAGAAUUGGAGGAAAGAAAAUUCUCAAGGAGAGUAAGAGAGAGAAACAGUGGAUCUUGCCUUUCUAGCGAAAAUUUGAACCGAUCAGGCACCCCUCCCCGAUUCGAGUGGAAAAAAAAUGGAGGGAGUAGGGGCGAGACUCGGGCGGUCCUCCACUCGGUACGGACCGGCCACGGUGUUCAAUGGACCGGUGAGGAAGUGGAAGAAGAAAUGGGUCCACGUUUCCCCAUCUAACAACACCAACCACUCUCAAAAUCAUCACCUCCACACCACCGCCAACGCUACUACUAACGGUAAUAACGGCUCUCAUCUCCUGCUUUACAAGUGGACCCCAUUAACUCAAAGCAACAAGGAUGCCGCCAAUAACUCCAAUGCCGACAAGAAUUCUCUCAAGGACGACGCGCUGCCCCUGCCUGAGGAGCCUCCCAGACGUAAAUUCAAAUACAUCCCGAUUUAUUUGCUAGAGAAAGAGAAAAAAGACGCUGCAGAGAGGGGUGAAGACGAAGCUAAACUGAGUGAUGCUGAACCAAUUCCAGUGGAGCCAACUCCAAAGGGUGAUGGUUUUGAUGAAAAACCCGAUAUUAAUGAUGUACCUAUGGAAGAAACUCAGGAUGGUGAUCAAGUGGUGCGACAAGAUCUGAAUGAAAGGACUUUGGAUUUGAGUCUGGGUUUAAAAUCUCAUGAUGAUGAUUGUGAUUCAAAACCAGAUCAGUUGAGAGACGGGCAGUUGGAAAAAGUGAACUCAAGUAGUGUUGGAUCAUGAUUGCUGGCGUCCCCUAGAUUAUUUGACACAGAAAAAUGAGAACAAAACAGUCUAUUUGUUGCUGCUGAUUUUAACACGAAAAUUUUCCUAUGUUUCUCCAUUUGGCCACCAGCUGUACUUGAGCGGGGAUGCAUUUUCUUUUCUUUAUUCAUUUGCUCCCUGGCUGAGCUGAUUGUAACUUGUAUCAAUUACAAUUAACUAUGAUUUUUUAUCAUUGAACAAUCGAUUUUUUCUCCCCUAUUUCUUUUGCUUCA